AUGAAUAAUUAAAAUAAUUCGAGUUUCAAUGAUGCCAGUUUCUUAUCAGAAGAUUUAAGUCUUGAUGAAAAAUAAAUAUCAUUUCAUUCUAAUUAUGAUUCAGAUCUCAUUUUUACAUAGAAGAAGCAAAAAAUAGAAUUAAAUCUUGAGAGUUAAUAAGAGGAAGAUUAAAAAUAAUUAUUGAUAGAAUAACUCAAUCUUAUAUUAACUCCACAUAGAUGUCCAAAGAUAGCUUAAGUUGAUAAAGACUUAGAAUAAUUAAAUGUAUAAAUUAACAAUUUGAAAAUCUUUGAUUCAACAACUUAUUAAAAAUCAAUCUAAAAGAUCAAAUCAAUAAAAAAAGUUAUUUCAUAGGUGAUUGAUAAAUAUUUCAUUAAUCUAAUCUAAUAAUAUUAAGUUAUUACAGAUGAUUUAUUAUAAAUAUCAUUGUAGCCACUUAAAAGAUUAAUAUUUAAUCUGAGAAAUGAAUUACAUAAUUAUGAUGAAUCUUAAUUAUAAGAAGUAUUUAAUAGAUAAAAUAUUAUAAAUGAAGAAUUUAAUUUAAUUAAGAAUAACUUACCUAAAGAUAUUACUCUCUAAAUUAAUAAUAAAUCAUUGUAUGAUAUUAAAGAUUCAUUAUAAAAAUUGAUAUCUUUGAAAUUUAAAGGUAUUUUAUAUAUUUUUAUUUUAAGAUGAAUUUAAAAUUAUUCCUAAUUACUUUAGUGGAUUCAAAUAAUAAAAAAAGAAUUUAGUAACUUUAAAAAAUAAAGCUAAUAAAUUUAAAUUAUAAGAAAUACAAAAUACUAUUUAUUCAUUUAGAAAUAAUAUACUUUAUUCAUCUAAUAUAGAUGAAAUAGAUAAAGUAUUAGAAUAAUAGUUAAUACUUUCUUAAAAUUAAUCUAAAUUAGAUUAUGUUACAAUCAUUAAUACAAAUUAAUAUUUAUAUUUUAUAGGUUAAGUAUUUCAAGAUUCUGAGACUUCAUCAAAAAUAAUAACUGAUUUAUUUAAUAAAUAUGAUAAAGUCAAUAAUAAAUUAUAAAAAUUAUAAGAUUUACCAUAUAAAUCUUAUGGAGGAUAAGCACUUAAAUAUGGUAAAUCAAUAUAUUAUUGGGGUGGUUAUGUGUAAUUGGAGAAUUUAUAAUUAGGCAGCAAAAAAGGAUUCAUGUAUACUAUAAUUUUAUGUAGAUAUUCAAUAGAAUAUGAUAAAUGGGAAUAGAUUGAAUCAAUGAAAUAUCCAAGAAUAUAAGGAUAAUGUUGUCUAUUAGAUCAUAAAAUUUAUUUAAUUGGUGGAAUGAUGAAUUAAUAUGUUGCAAAUGGAUUAAUUGAGAUAUAUGAUUCCAUACUUAUGAAAUUUGUUGAAUCUUUCGAAUUGAUUAAUUAAUUAGUAUUUAUUACUCAUAUUAAUUAGUCCUAUGUUCCUCAAUUACUUGGUUAUGCUUUACCAAUUUCUAAUUAAGAAAUAUUAGUAAUGGGUGGAUAAAAUCAAUUUGGUAAUGAAUGUGGUUCUUAGUUGAUCAACAUCCUCUUAAAAACAGUAUAAAAAAAUAAUUAUAAUAAUAUUUAAAAAAUAUUAAAUGUAAACUGCACAUAGCCAAUAGUAAAAUAUUUAUAUAUCAUUUUUUAGAUCUUUAAAUAAUAGAUUUAUUUAUUUAAUUCAGAAGAAAAAAAAAUUGAAUUUAUACAAAUAAAUGCUGAUACUUUACAAGUAAAGAAUAUUAUACAAAUAUAAUGA